AGCCCAGGUGACUUAGGGUGACUGAGAUGCAGCCCUCCUUCCGCUCUUUCCCUCCAGGGUACUGGGAAUGGAUGACAUUUCUCAGUUUUUCUGUCCUGGAUCUAUGAAUUCUAUUGCCAGCAGUCUGGUGUCCCAGGUCUGGCGCUUCCUUGGCUGUGGACAUGAAGAGGUUACUCCAGCCCUGGAGCCCGCUGGGCUGAGUUAGCACUUCCCUCCACAUCCAGGAGCUCGCCAAGUAACAGCCCCUUCUGCAUCACGGAAAGGGGGUAGCAGAGCAGACUAGGGACACCCGCUGCAGUGGGUCGCAGCAGGAGCUCUGUCAGCAUGUGUCGUUCAGCGGAUUCCCACUGCCAGGCCAGGCUGCGGAGAACUGGAAGGCAAAGGCAUCUGGAGGAGUGAAGGAUGAGCCAGCGACGACAGUGGCCCCCCCAGCUGCAGAGCCCCUGCUCAAGCUGCUGCGCACGUCUUUUGCUGUCUCCCCAGGCUGCAGCGAUCCCUGGGACCCAGAAGACCCCUGGAGCCGCGGAGAUCCAGUCAGGACCCAGGAGCCCAGGACUGUCGCCUGUGAGGCCAGCUCCCCAGGGAGCCUGGGCAGCGCUUUGCCUGUAGCUGGUGCUGGGACGCGGCAGGGCUGGAGCCCUCUCUAGCCAGUGUGGUCCAGAGCUGAGCAGCAAUUGUCUCUUCCCUAGUCACAGGAGAGGCUCGUCCUGUUGGGGCAUUUUAGAUUGGGCUCUACAGCUAAGGCUUGUAGCUCCCUUGGUUUGCAGAACCUUCAGGGUGUCAUUUCUCACUUGAUCAGGGUUUGAGGGAAAAACGACAAGGAACAGAGCAGGUCUGGUAAACUUUGGAGGCGGGGACUUUUUUUUUUGAAGGGGACAAGUGGCCCCAAAUCUGCUACUGUUCUUGGAAUAGUGAUAAAGUCUGCUGGUGGGACACUAAGUAUCCCAUCACAGCCACAAGAGCAACAGCAAGGACCUACGACCAUCAUGGAGUCGGUGCUGACAGCAUCCAGUUCCCCCACAGGCCGGGUUACCUUCUCCCGUGUCUUUGGCCAACAGUGUCAGCUGAUGGAAGCAGCUGUGCAGUCACUGCACACCCUAAAUGACCAGAUUUCCCACUUCAUUGUCACCAAGUCGAAGGCACUGGAGGAAGACGAUGACCCCUUUCUACCCACGGAGAAAGAGACACUGAAGAACUCUAUGAUAUUGAUGAGACACCUCUUAAUGGAUGCCCAGGCCAAAAUCCUGAGCAUGAUGGAAGACAAUAAGCAGCUCGCGCUCCGCAUCGAUGGGGCGGUCCAGUCGGCCAGCCAGGAGGUGACCAACCUGAGAGCCGAGCUCACGGCCACCAACCGGAGACUGGCGGAAUUGAGCGGCGGAGGCGGCGGCCCCGGCUCGGGCCCGGGAGCUGCGACCAGCGCCUCGGCAGCAACGGUGACGGUGGCUGACUCGGCGGUGGCGACCAUGGAGAACCAUCAGCACAGCGCUCAAGUGCUCCUGCGGGAGGAAGUGGUCCAGCUUCAGGAAGAAGUGCACCUUCUCCGGCAGAUGAAGGAGAUGCUGGCCAAGGACCUGGAGGAGUCACAGGGCGGCAAGUGCUCUGAGGUCCUCUCAGCCACAGAGCUUCGGGUGCAGUUGGUGCAGAAGGAGCAGGAACUGGCCAGAGCCAAAGAAGCCUUGCAAGCCAUGAAAGCCGACCGGAAGCGCUUAAAGGGAGAGAAGACGGACUUGGUAAGCCAAAUGCAGCAGCUGUACGCCACUCUGGAGAGCCGAGAGGAGCAGCUGAGAGACUUCAUCCGCAACUAUGAGCAGCACCGUAAGGAGAGUGAAGAUGCCGUCAAAGCGCUGGCCAAGGAGAAGGACCUCCUGGAGCGGGAAAAGUGGGAGCUUCGUCGGCAGGCCAAGGAGGCCACGGACCACGCCGCCGCCCUGCGCUCCCAGCUGGACCUCAAGGACAACCGCAUGAAGGAGCUGGAAGCCGAGCUAGCCAUGGCCAAGCAGUCCUUAGCCACCCUGACCAAGGAUGUUCCCAAGCGGCAUUCACUCGCCAUGCCUGGAGAGACGGUGCUCAAUGGCAACCAGGAGUGGGUGGUUCAGGCCGACCUCCCGUUGACGGCAGCCAUCCGUCAGAGCCAGCAGACGCUCUAUCACUCCCACCCUCCCCACCCUGCAGACCGGCAAGCGGUCAGGGUGAGCCCCUGCCAUUCAAGGCAGCCUUCCGUCAUCUCCGACGCCUCUGCUGCUGAGGGUGACCGGUCAUCGACACCGAGCGACAUCAACUCCCCACGACACCGGACACACUCCCUCUGCAACGGCGACAGUCCCGGCCCGGUUCAGAAGAGCCUGCACAGUCCUAUUGUACAGUCACUAGAGGAUCUUGAAGACCAAAAACGGAAAAAGAAGAAAGAGAAGAUGGGAUUCGGCUCCAUCUCUCGAGUCUUCGCCAGAGGGAAGCAACGGAAGUCCCUCGACCCGGGCCUCUUUGAUGACUCCGACAGCCAGUGCAGCCCCACACGGCACAGCCUCAGCCUGUCUGAGGGAGAGGAGCAGAUGGACCGUCUACAGCACGUGGAGCUGGUGAGGACCACGCCUAUGUCCCACUGGAAGGCUGGCACAGUGCAGGCCUGGCUGGAGGUGGUGAUGGCCAUGCCCAUGUACGUCAAGGCCUGUGCAGAGAAUGUCAAGAGCGGCAAGGUGCUUCUCAGCCUGAGCGACGAGGACCUGGAGUUGGGGCUGGGUGUGUGCAGCUCCCUGCACAGACGCAAGCUCCGCUUGGCGAUCGAGGACUACCGCGACGCCGAAGCUGGCCGCAGUCUGUCCAAAGCUGCCGACCUGGACCAUCACUGGGUGGCCAAGGCUUGGCUGAACGACAUCGGCCUGUCCCAGUAUUCCCAGGCCUUCCAGAACCACCUGGUUGAUGGGAGGAUGCUGAACUCCCUGAUGAAGCGGGACCUCGAGAAGCACCUGAACGUCUCCAAGAAGUUCCACCAAGUCAGCAUCUUGCUGGGGAUUGAGCUGCUGUACCAAGUGAACUUCAGCAGGGAGGUCCUCCAGGAGCGCCGAGCCCGCUGCGAAACACAGAACACAGACCCUGUGGUCUGGACCAACCAGCGGGUGCUCAAGUGGGUGCGCGAUAUCGACCUGAAGGAGUAUGCGGACAACCUGACCAACAGCGGUGUCCAUGGUGCUGUGCUGGUGCUGGAGCCCACCUUCAAUGCCGAGGCCAUGGCCACCGCCCUAGGCAUCCCCAGCGGAAAGCACAUCCUCCGAAGACACUUGGCAGAGGAGAUGAGCUCCAUCUUCCACCCGGCCAAUCUCUCUCCUCAGCUGCCCCUGGGGAAGAUAGGAAGGGGCUUCAGCAGCAAAGAACCGGAUUUUCACGAUGACUAUGGCUCUCUCGAGAAUGAGGACUGUGCGGAUGAUGACCUCCAAGGCAGGCCUGAACAGUGUCGCUUGGAGGGAUACAACAGCCUGGAGGUCACCAACGUGUAAGAGAGCCGUGUGACUCAACUCUGGAAGAGCAAAGGGAGGAAUAGCCCAGUGGCCCGGGGCUGCCCACCCCCAACUGUACAGAGAGACCUGGGGCUGAGGGCGGAUGUGGUGCCAGGACGGAAUUCCCAGAGACGGCCACCAUUUCCAGUGGGCACCAAGGACAGAGAAUGCCCACCUAGGUGUCUUGUUUCUCUGAAGACAGGCCCUGAGGACACAUCACCCAGCCAUGACCCAGCAGGUGGCCCCAGCGCUGUGGUUCAAGGAACUAGCCCAGUACUCCUGGCACUUUACGCUGAACUUCCAAGAAGGGGAAAGAGUGUCAGGGCUCCACCCUGCUGGGAGGAGCAGGAACCCAACCACCCGCCCCCCCCAAAAAAAAAACCAGCCUUGGCAGAGCCAAGGGUAUUGAGAACCAGUUGCAAAGCCAGCCGGAAGUGGCCAGGUGGUGAAUGCCACCCUUCCACCCACUGGGCAGAGGAUGUAAACUCUCACCUGGUCACUCGCUCUGGAAGGAUGCAAAAUAGCAUGGGCAUUCCUUCCACUUUGAGGGCACUACAUCAUGAGGUGGACAUGUUGGGAGCAGGAGGGGAUCUCUGCAGGGUCAGAGGGGCCUGGCAGCAGCAGCCCCAAAGGAUGCGGACAUCCUGUCACCAGAAUGAAUGUGACUUCAAGAGUGUGUGUUUGUGUGUGUGGUGGUGCGGGUUACUGAGCUCUGUCCCAAACAGCCAUUCCAAGCAUGGGCACAAAAAUGGGAGAGUGCCUGUCAUUAACCCAACAAACCUCUGUCAUGAUGUCACCUGAGACAGAUGUGCUCACCCAUGACCUAACAGAGGUGCAAAUCUCUGGGUCGCUGGGUUGUCCAAGGAAGGAGCUCCCAGCCAGCCCCUUUCUUGAUUGGCCACUAUUUUGCUGUGUGGCUUCCUCCCAGUAGCCCCACCUCUCAGUGCCUCAGUGUCUUACCUAUAAUACUUCCGGUUCCUCCCAGGGAAGCUGUGAGGAUUAACAUGCGCUAACCUUGGUCCCAGGCUUUGAACCUCUCAGGAAACAACCGGAAGGGAUGGGGAGGCGUGCUUAGUCACUUUCAUCCACAACAUUUGCAGACACUGGACAAGUUCGCUCUGUCAAUAGGCAAGGGGGGGUGCAGAGUGUUUAUAUUGAAAACAAGCCCCCAGCAAGGCCUGGGAGGGCCGCCACCACAGUCUGCAGUCCUGGGUGCAGCAGCCAGGCCCAAGCCGACUGAGCAGAGACUUUGCCUACUGACACUAGGGAGACUGGAACACAGCUGUGCGCUGUCACUCUGCACCAAGCCUCUCAGAGGACAUUUGCACCAGGAGUCCAAGGUUCAGAUUCCCAAAGCUGACAGCGGGGGCAGCCUGUGAGCCACCAAAGCCUUCCACAGCGAUAUAUAAAGAGCGUCCCCUUGUAGGAGGACCACACACAGCCCAUGAACUUGAAAGUUGCUGGUCCCCGUGUUGAAGACAUCUUCUCGUUAAUGAUCCCAUGGGCACAGUCUUCCUCACAAUCCAAAUCCAGAGGUCUUGGGAUUGGGAGGACCCUUUCUGUCUGCAUGUCAACCUCCGAUGAACACACAUCAGAUGCCAGAAUGUGCAGGGUGAACCUCUGGGGUAUCUAUAACCCAGCUUUGCUCAGGUCCUGCACCCGGAGUGUUUAUAAUAUGCAUUCCCACCCCUGGAAUCCAGAAGCUACUGAGCCCAUAGCCCAGCAAGGAGAAGGAAGCCCUCUUCUAACUGAGAUCAACUGUCACUCUCAAACUGUGUCCCUAAAGGGUGACAGAGACUCUGGGCCCAGGAAUAUAUCAACAACCUCUCUGGAAGAGUUGCCGGUUAUGCUGGCUCCUUGGAGGGGAAGGUCUAGUUACACCCUCUUCCUAAGGGCUGGGAGUCCUAUGGCAUCAGAAGGCUCCUUCCCGGUGGACUCUGGGCUUCUGCCCCUGGUGCCUCUGCCAGUCUCCAUCCACACCCAGCGGUCACUUCCAGCAGAUUCUCUGUCUUGACUCUUCCAUACAGAAGCUUGUCAUGUGGCUGCUAAAUACAGAAGUGGAGAGAAGGGAUUUCUCUUAAGCCUGGCCAGCAUGGGGCACUUAGAUCAGGAACACCCCAAACCCCCCAAAAAAUAACUGUGGUCAUGAAGAUGGGUGGGGUCUUGGCAGAUGUGACUUUGGAGUUCACUGCAGGAGCCUGGGGGAGAGACAGCCCUGCUGGGACCAUGACACCCCUUCCCAGAAAGCCUCUUAUUCCAAUGAUCUAUUCACAAGCUGUGGGGAAAGGUGCCUCCUGGGUGGUGGCAACUUCUGGGUCUCACUCUAGGAGAGGCCACCAGUGUGGAUGUGACAAUGUCCCUGACCCAGGAAAGGUUUGUAAAUGUAAAGCAAAUGAGCCAUGAAUGGCAGAGUCCCACACCUUCCCCAAGGAAUUCUAACACUGUAACAAUAAAUGCUCGGCCUGAGGCCACCCCUC